AUGGCUACGUCUACCUCUACCUCCGGUCCAGUUCCAGCCUCCUCAAGCUCCGACCUCCCCAUGCCGGAGCCGACGGUGCCACGCCGGCCCUUCUCCUCGUUCAAACUCCUGUCCUUCGACAUCUACGGCACCCUGAUAGACUGGGAAGGCGGCAUCCUCGAGCACCUCCAACGCCUAACCGCAAGAAUCCCGGCGGAUGCGCCCCCACAUAUCGCACAAUAUCGGUAUACCGGCAACGACAGCGACAAGGACGCCAAACUCACACUCGCGGCCAAAUUCAACGAGAUCGAAGCGUCGCUGCAAACGGAGCGCCCUGGCGCGAAAUACUCGAAGAUCUUGGAAGCAGCGUAUCUCCGACUGGCGAAGGAAUUGGGCAUCAUGACCGAAGGUCAAGGCGGUGGCAUCGACGAUUCCACAGACUCCGCCAGGUCCGCCCAAAUCAUCCUCCAAGAAGCCAAAUCCUUCGGCUCCAGCAUCGGCUCGUGGCCCGCCUUCCCGGACACCGUGUCCGCCAUGCGCCGCCUGGCCAAACACUACAAGUUUCUUGUGCCGCUCAGUAACGUUGACCGCGCAAGUUUCUCCGGAACUCUGGCGGGACCGCUGAAGGGCGUGAAUUUCUUCGCCGUCUACACCGCCGAAGAUAUCGGGAGCUAUAAGCCCGACGUGCGCAAUUUCGAGUACCUGUUCGAGCACGCGCAAAAUGAUACAGAAGGUGAGGUCCGGGGCAAGGAUGACAUUUUGCAUGUCGCGCAGAGUUUGUUUCAUGACCACAUCCCGGCGAAGAAGGUCGGGUUGAGCAGUGUGUGGAUCAAUAGGCAGGGGGCGGGGAUGGGGAGUGGCAGCGGGUUGAGCGAGGUUCAUGAGAACGGCGAGGUCGGGUAUGGAUGGAGAUUUGGGUCGUUGGGAGAUUUUGCGGAUAUGGUGGAGAAAGAGUUGCAGGGGGAGAAAGACGACUAG